CUCCAGUUGAGCAUUCUUUCCCGCUACAUUGGUGCGAUGAACGCCAUAGAAGCCUCGCGAGCGGGCCGCGCCACGGUUAUCGUAGACUGGAGACCUCAGGGCGUCCGAGAUAUGCUCGCGUUCACCUCAAGUUUCAUUGGCCUCAUGGAAGAUGGAUGUUCUGUGCUCAAGUAUCCAUAUUACCCUAAUGACCGGGAGUCGAUGAAUGCCCUGCAAGAGGAGGCCUACCGCUACCGUUACCUUGGCCGACAUGAGAAUUUAGUUACGUUCAAAGAUAUGAGCGAUGACGGACUCGUUCUAGAGUACUGCGAGAAAGGAGCUCUGUGUGAUGUGGUCGGCGACCUGAACGAAGGCCAGAAGAUAGCUAUUGGAGAGCAGGUCGCUCGAGGGCUUGUCUAUCUUCACAGUCGAAACUAUAUCCACGGCGAUCUCAAUACUCAAAAUGUAUUCGUAACAUCUGACUGGACAGCAAAGAUUGGCGAUCUUCAAGGACAGCUCAAUGAUUCUGACGGGAAUGUCAAGAUUCCAGCGACUGCCGAGAACAACGCCAGGUCGCGUCUUCCAGGGCCGGGACCAGAUGACGACUUGUCAACUCAAAUGGACAUAUUUGCAUUUGGAACGUUGUUAUACCAUGUCUGGUAUGGUCAUCCGCCAUACCCAGAGCUAGAUGCUGUUCGCGAUGAAGUUGAAAUAGAGGGCAAAUAUAGCAGGGGGGAGUUUCCAGUCGAUAUGCAUGCCGGUGGCGUGGAGAAGAUCAUCUGGCGUUGCUGGAACUCGACAUACACCAGCGCAACCGAGAUCUUGGAGGAUAUCAGCUCCCUGGGCCAUCCGGAGCCCCAAGGAUCAGUCUCAAAUGCAGCUCGAGCUUGAUUAUGCGGAUGCAGGAUGAUGGAGAUAAUGGCACUGGGAAGAGGUGUAACUUUCCUCGAGCGUCGGACGAGAUAUAAGGUACUCACGGGAAAGGAUUGCGCCAUGAUGCGAGGGUGGCAGACGGAUUUCGGCCAGAGGAAAGUUUCUGUCGAGGUUUCGCCAGUACAGCGAAGGACUGGCGCCGGCCGCCAACCAGAUCGGAGUAUGCUAGUACGUGUGGGUAGGCAUUUCCUUGUUGGUCCAAUUGCGGUUGAUAUCUUCACUGUCUUCGACUCUUCAUCGACUCUCUGCUUGAUUACUCAGCGUUGACACGUGACUUUCAAACAUACGGUAACCCGUGAGACGAAGUCUGAUCCUACGGACCUUCAAA